AUGUGCCUAAAAAAUGAGUAUGCGGAUAUUGACAUUUGGUUAGAGGUGUCUGAAUCACCCCCCUCUGAUUCUAUCUUCCAUCCACUCGCCUCUGGAAAGUUCCUAAUCUACGACUGUGGAAAGUUCACCACUUGCAAGUCGUGCUUAAGUCCUCAAUUCAAUUGUGUUUGGCAACUCAUAGAGGGUCGCUGUCUUUCUCUUGCCAGUAGCUCAACGUCAUCUGCACUCUCUCCCUUUGCCAACUCCAACAGUUUAACUUUCUGUGCCAAAUCGAACUGUACCUGUCCCUCCUUUGAGGCUGAAAAGAGGUUUAUUACCGUUGAGGCCAAUCAGCCAAUUUCAGUAGUCUUGACCUUAUCAUCAAAUGUAAAGGCACUGGCCAACCGUUUCUCCUGUUCGGAAUCGUGCACUUACCGAUGGACAGAGGGUAUCUACAAUAGCACCGCUUCCACUGUCAAUUGCACUUUUCCAGGGAUCGCGUUGAAGGGAGUCAACAAUCCCGCUGAGUCAACUAAGAAGUACGCGUCCGGGUGGCAUCCGAAUCUUAAGGACUUGACAGGCGGAGGGUUGCUGAGGUGUGAAAUUGCUAUCAAUUGGCAUAAUGAUCGAUCAACCAACCAACCAAAGCUGGGUCAUCACCUUGUCAACUCGCAAACUGCUCUCUGUAAAAAUAACUUCCUCAUACCUGUUCUACUUUCAGUGGAGGUAUACGAUUGUUCUCUGAUGGCAGUCCAUUGUGACAGUUGCUUGGCUCUUCCACGUCGAUUUUCCUGUGCAUGGUGUUCAACUGUUGCUGGUGGUUCAGCAGGCUGUUUCAGCAUUGAACUAUGUGCUAAACCUGGUCCUCUGAAAUCAUGCCCACAUCCUCGGCUACUUCAGAGGGAAGACGAUUUUGAAUGGGAAGCGGAGAGAUUUGGUCCGUUACGAUUCGAGAAAGUUGCUUUUUUCUCUCUUCUCGUUCGGGACGAUUAUAUGCUGUUGUUGUUGUUGAUUCGUUCAAAAGAUCUUUCCGGCUAUCUCGCUUUGGAUGUGAUUCCCGAGAACGCAACAUUGGAUGGUCAAACACAACUCACUAUUCGAGGUGUUAAUCUUGGUCUCGAUACCAAGAACAUGACUAUUUAUGGUGUUUUAACGGAUUACAAUUUCCCACCAAUUUCCUGCACAAUUCUCUCCACAGAUUUUCUACCAUCUCGUCAAGUUACUUGUCGUCUGGAGCCCAAAUCUGACAUUGUUGAAAAACCAUCUAAACUUUCAGCGAGAAUCGAACUACAACUAAUAAGCAACGAUCAAGCGGUAGAUACUUUUUUUCUUAUCUAUCAUUUACCUAUUAUUAUUAUUAUUAUCAUUAUUAUUAUUAACUAUUAUUAA